AUGACUUUCUCACCUCUCAUUGCGAUAGCCCUAGCAAUAUUCGCCACCUUCCUGAGGCCGGUGAGCGGAGAUUCGUCGUCAGCAUGCAAUCCUCUGAAUGGCCCGUGCCCUGCGAUCCCUGGCUUAGCAACUGGCGAGUAUUUCAUGGAUUUUACCCAACAAACCACAACUCCUUCGGACUGGAUCCUCGCCGACUAUGCCAAUGUCGGCUACGGGCCUAACGGUGCUAAUUUUACCUUCGCAAAGCGUUAUGAUGCUCCCUAUAUUUGGACUCGCUUCUAUGUUCUCUUCGGUCGCAUUGAAGUGGUCGUGCAGGCCGCCCCAGGCGCUGGCAUCAUCACAAGUUCAGUCAUGAUGUCGGACGAUCUUGACGAAAUAGACUGGGAGUGGUCGGGAAACAACUUUGCUGGGUCCAGUGGUGCCGUGCAGACCAAUUACUUUGGCAAAGGACAGGUUGGAAAUUCUGACCGCGGUUCCCAACCUGUUGUGGACGAUCCCGAACACAAAUUCCACACCUAUGCCCUAGACUGGCAACCGGAUAAGUUGGUCUGGUCUAUUGAUGGUGUGGCCGUUAGGACAUUGAAAAACAAUGGCGCAACCACUGGGUCGUACCAGUAUCCGCAGACACCUUCCCGACUGCACCUAGGCCUCUGGUGCUCGGGAGACCCAAGCACUCCUUAUGGUACAGUGUAUUGGGGCGGCGGAUACACGAAUUUCAGCGCCGCUCCGUUCUCAGCGUACGUGAAGUCCGUCAAGAUCACGACCAACAAUGUCUGUUCAAGCUGGCAAUAUCCUAGUCCAUUUGACGGUACUUACCCGUCCGUGCAAUGCACGAACCAAACAAUUGCACUUCCCUGUACCUAUACGGUAGUUACAGGUGAUGACGGCUCCAAGAUUGCGAAGAACUUGACAGUCAAUUUCGAUAGCCUCAAGGGUGUCAAUCCUGGAGUCAAUUGGGAUCAACUGUUGGUCGGCCAGGUGCUCAAUGUUCCUGGCGGUACUUGUCAAACCUCAACCACGACGACAAUGUCUGCUACCUCCGGUAUUUCUUCUUCGAUGGCUAGUUCCGCAAAAUUUUCUUCAACUGCAUCGUUCACUUCGAACUUGACCAAUUCGAUGAGUGCUUCCAUUCUCAAGCUUGACUUCUUCAAGCCCAACAGCUUCAUCAACAGCGCCUCCAAGCUAUUCAAGCUUGCCAUCUUCAGCGAGUCCAACAACAAGUGCAACAACUUCGGCACAACCAUACUCGAAUUCCACCCCCGCUGUCAUGGUAACUUCUACCUCAGCUUUGACCACGGUCACCUCGACUACUGGCACCAGCUUGCCUACUACGGUUUGCACGACAGUUGGCGUAGACGCCUCCGCCACCGCCGCCACAACAACAUCGUCAGCUCCUUCUCAAUCCACAAACUCCUACACCGUGGCUGCAGGCGACUAUGGUUGGGCUAUUGCGAACGCAUUGGGCUGCUCUUGGGAUGA